AUGCACACAAAUGUGAAAGCGACAAGAAGGGCAAUUUCCAAUAUUUCACCCUUCACACCCAGGUAUGAGUUUCCAAAGUACAGUAUGCCUCUCACCGAUUUCAAGGGGCACCAACUCAAGGCUCUUAGAAAAUUUGAAAGAUUACUACCUCAAAUGAAUAUGAUAAUAGAACUACGUGACAUUCGUGCCCCGUUAUCUACAAGGAAUGUGGUUUUCGAUCGAAUAGCAAGAAGGGAACACGAUAUGAUGAAGUUAGUGGUAUACACUAGAAAGGAUCUUAUGCCCGGCAAUAAGGCAUAUAUAAGAAAGUUAAAGUAUUGGCAUGAAGAGUUGGGGGAAAAGUUUAUUUUACUGGAUUGCCGGAACAGAAUUGAGGUCAAGAAUCUGCUAAAAGUAUUAGAAUGGAAAAAUUUCGAGCUAGAGAAAAAUGGCGGUUAUUUACCUAUGGGGUACCGAGCGUUGAUCACGGGCAUGCCUAAUGUUGGAAAGUCCACUUUAAUAAAUAGCUUGAGGUCAAUUUUUCACGGAUACGAUCGAGAGAAUAUGGGAAGACACAAGAAAGUGGCUAAAACUGGUGCCGAAGCUGGUGUUACGAGAGCCACAAGCGAGGUUAUUAGAGUAGCUUCGCGGAAUAUGGAAUCAAGAAAUGAAAUAUACUUGAUAGAUACUCCAGGGAUUGGUGUUCCCGGUCGAGUUUCAGAUCAUAAUAGAAUGCUAGGACUAGCGUUAUGUGGUAGUGUUAAAAAUAACCUUAUAGAUCCAAUAUUUCAAGCAGAUUACCUUUUAUACCUAAUGAACUUGCAAAAUUUAAAUGAAGGAAGAAAAGAGCUUUAUCCUGGAAGCACUGACUCGCCCACAAACGAUAUAUAUGAGGUUCUAAGAAGGCUCCAAGCGAACAAAAGCCAAAACGAAAAAUCAACGGCUAUCGAGUGGACUAACAAAUGGAGGUUACAAGGAAAGGGUAUCAUAUUCGACCCUGAGGUACUGUUGAGUAAUGACGAGUUUUCUUACAAAAGAUAUGUAAAUAGCCAGUUAGAAAAGUUAGGAGAGCUCUCGUAUGAAGGAUUGUCUAACAAACUGAAGGGGAACCCCAACCAAGUAUUUUAG